AUGAAAAUAUUCAAUGAGAAAACAGUAAUUAAUUUCUCAUAUCCAAAAUCACCGGAAAAAGAGGGCUAUUUACUUAAAAAGCACUCUGAAAAUAAACAUUCUUUCAAACGAAGAUACUUUGUUCUUCGCGGAAAUAUUCUCAUAUAUAGCGAAACUAAACUUAGCAAAGAACCUCUUGGUGUUAUAUUUCUCGAAGGACACUCUGUGGAACUAGUUGACGAACGUAUGUUUGCCAUUCAUUUCCAUACAUCCACAUAUGCUGGUCGUAGCUAUUUUCUCCAGGCAGAAUCAGAUGCUGAAGCCGAGUCAUGGAUGCAGGCACUAGCUCAUUGCGGUUCGGAGUUCCUUACGCUCUCAGUUGAAGAACUCGAAGAUACUUUGCGUGCGCUAAACAGUAGUAAUAAUAUUGCAAGCAAAAAAGACGAUGCAUUUCGGCAGACUUCUCCAGCUGUCUAUACUAGAAAUCCCUUUAAUAUGUCUCCUACAUCCCCAAAUGGAAGAAAUCAGACUAGCAAUAAGUCGGUGUCCCACCUUGUGCAUGCUCUGGCUCUCUCUUGGGAAAAAUUGCAUGCCAGUACUCGUGAAUUCCUCGAUAAUGCCAGUUCGUCUGAAGCUGAUCUCCUAAGUAUUGGUGCUUUGUAA